AUGUGUCAGGAGUGUCAAAACGAUGACACACGUAAUCAUCCGAGGUUGGCCGAUGAGCCGAACCUAACCGUUAGCUCCAAAACGGUUGAACAGGAGCGGACCAUCGAGUACUGGCUGGAGCAAGCGAAGGCGUCGGUUGCGGAUCGGAUUGCCCAGAGGGAGAACAAAAAUAUUGCCAAAAAUGUGAUCCUCUUUCUGGGCGAUGGUAUGUCCAUUGCCACACUAUCGAUGGCCCGAGUGUACGCCGGAGGCGAGGAGAAGUCUUUCUUCUUCGAACGAUUCCCGUUCCUGGCCAUGUCCAAGACGUACUGCGUAAACUAUCAAGUGCCUGACUCGGCCUGCACGGCAACAGCUUAUCUGACGGGUGUGAAGGCCAAUUACGAAACUAUCGGCGUGAAUGCGCACGUCCCGGUGCGCGAUUGUGAAGCUGGGCUGGAUCGCUCGACGCACACGUCCUCCAUCGGGCAGUGGGCUAUCGAUGCGGGGAAGGACGCUGGCAUCGUGACCACCACGCGGGUGACGCAUGCUUCACCGGCUGGAGUGUACGCGCACACCUCGUUCCGGGAUUGGGAAAACGACAACGACGUGAAGGCAGAUGGUUGCAAUCCGGACCGUGUGGACGACAUCGCCAAACAGCUGGUGUACGGUGAGACUGCUCCAAAGCUGCGCGUCAUAUUGGGUGGCGGUCGGCGAGAGUUUCUGGAUAGCGAAGUAGACACCGAUCCCGAAACGGGUAAAGCUGGCCGGCGAACGGAUGGAAGGAACCUGAUCAACGAAUGGCUGAAGAAUGGGCCGGUCGGGGAGAACCGGACCUUUGUGUGGAAGCGCUCCGAUCUGUUGGCGGUGGACCCCCACCGGACGGAUCGUUUGCUGGGAAUGUUCGAACCGAGUCACUGUGCCUAUAACCUGGAUCGAAUCAGCGACGGAUUGGCGGAGGAACCAACCCUGUCCGAGAUGGUGGACAAGGCAACAGACAUUCUGAGCCUGAACCCGAACGGGUUCUUCCUGUUUGUCGAAGGUGGUCGCAUCGAUCACGCCCAUCACGAUAAUCGGGCCCGGUACGCGCUGGACGAGACGGUGGAGUUUGACAAAGCGAUCGAGUUGGCCCGCAGAAAGUUUAGCGAGGAGGACACCCUGAUAGUGGUCACGGCGGACCACUCGCACAGUGUGAGCUACGCAGGAUAUCCGACUCGUGGGAACGAUAUCUUCGGCAACGCCGGAACGGCCAGCGAUGGCUUGCCGUACAUGACAAUCAGCUACGCCAACGGGCCGGGCUACAAGAAGCACGUGGAUGCGGCCACCGGCAAAAGAAUGGACGUGCGUGAUAUGAAGACUGAUAAGAACAACUUCGACUUUCCCGCCAUGCUGCCGGUGGACUCGGAAACGCACGGCGGAGACGACGUCGUCAUGUAUGCGUCGGGGCCGUGGGCACACCUCUUCACUGGCUUCUUGGAGCAGAACGUUAUCCCGCACAUUAUGGGCUAUGCCGCCUGCAUAGGCCAGGGAGCGAAGGCUUGCCCGGGAAGUUGA